GGUAGUGACGUCAUAAACAUUGAGAAAGCGUUCGGGGUUUGCAUUAGCUGGUGUAACUUUUGGCUUUGAUGUGCGAGGUGGUGGACGAGUGUUAGCGGCAGCAGUGAGAACACAGCGAGCGGCGCCCUUCAGUCAUGUCUACCCCGGCCAGGCGGCGACUAAUGCGGGACUUCAAGAGGUUGCAGCAGGACCCUCCUGCAGGAGUCAGUGCAGCGCCCACAGAAAAUAAUAUCAUGAUAUGGAAUGCAGUUAUAUUUGGGCCACAUGACACGCCUUUUGAGGAUGGCACUUUCAAGCUCACAUUGGAGUUUACAGAAGAGUAUCCUAAUAAGCCCCCUACUGUUAAGUUUGUAAGCAAGAUGUUCCACCCGAAUGUGUACGCAGACGGCGGUAUCUGUUUGGAUAUCCUUCAAAACAGAUGGUCGCCCACCUAUGAUGUAGCCGCUAUUUUGACAUCUAUACAGUCUUUGUUGGAUGAACCCAACCCUAACUCCCCCGCCAACAGUUUGGCAGCACAACUUUAUCAAGAGAAUCGUCGUGAAUAUGAAAAACGUGUAGCUGCAAUCGUAGAGCAGAGCUGGCUCAAUUUCCAGGAUGAAGAUGAGGGAGAAGACAUGAAAAAGGACACAUAGGGAUAAUGGGUGGUUUAUGGAGGGGUGGACCACUAGCCCUUGGCCCUGGGGUGUGGCCCGAUGCUCGUGUUUUUGUUGUUCAUCAUCAUACCACCACCUGUCCUGCCCAGCCCCCCACACCACACUCUGCGCUGACUGAAGCUCCACUACUCACAAAACAUUUCUGUAGGCAUUCUCUAGUGCACCAAAUGCAGGAAUAAGAUGGUCACAUGAUGCAUUAACUACUGUGAAGGUAUUGAUUUUUCUCUCUUUCUCCUUUUGUGUUUUUCUAAACUCAAACCAUUGUUUUUGCCACUUGAAGCAACCUCUGCACGUACACAGCCGUAAGUGGGUGUUGCUGGUGGCCACUUGGUGAAGCUGACGCCAGGUGUUGUGUGCUGUAGGGAUGGUGGCAGAUACUCAUUGGGGUCUUUGGAACUCCUGUUAAAUGUGGUCGAGUAGCUGAUUGGCUGCACCCUGGCUUGUAACAGCUACUUGGCUUAUGACUAAAGCAGCCAACAUAGUUUAAUAUAAUGUAUUUUUAUGUUCUGCCUUCGCAAGUUCUUUAAGCCGUAUCAUAUAACCUGCAUCGUGUUCAUUAUUCCUGAUAAGAUCUUAUCAAGUGAUAGAUGUGUGUUGUGUAAUUUCUCACCUCCCUAAUCACUGCUCUAAUAUAGAUAUUUACCAUUCAGUUUAUAUGGCUGUUACUAGGCUUUUGCUUUAAGCCAGUUCCAUCAGACAUUAAAGUUAACACUUCAGAGAUGGGUUAGUCCAGCCUGAAGAAGAAUACAUGAGUAUUGUACAUACCAUUGACUUUGGGGCAAGUUUACAAUUAUUAUAUUGUGGUCCUUCAUCCAGCAUGGAUUUCCAACGUGUUUUUGUAUGAAUUUUAAGGAGUUCAUAUUGGGAGAUUUUAGUUUUUAUUUCACUUCAUUUAGAAUGCCUGUGCAUAAAUGCAUUGUUUUGUUCACUAUUGUGAAAUCUGAAAUCUGAAAGGAAAAAAUAGUAUGCUGAAAUAUAUAGUCAUGAAUAUUUUAGGGAAGAGUGUGUGAGCAAAUUUUGCAUUAAUUUUCCUUAGGAACUGCAAUAUAAGAACAUAAGUAUGCAGAAUGUGUUAAUUCCUAAGUUAUUAAAAAAAAGCAAAAAUGUAUUAUGAAAUUGGUGCUUUUCUUGAUUUAUUGGUCUCAUUUGCAAGUUUCUGAGGCUUGUAUCCAUAACUUUGUGGAACUUGGGAAGCGUUAGCGUGUGUGUGUGUAUGUGCAUGUGUCUGCACGUGUGUGUGUCCUGCAGAAGACUGGAGUAGGAGGAGCAUCUAUCAGGCUACAGCUCUGUCUGUAUGUGUGAAGCCAGUGUAGUGAGUGGGAAGCAAACUACAUUUUUCAGUCACUUUCUUUAAAAGUAUGUAACUAUUGAAUGGUGAAGUGUAGUCAAUGACGUGAUGGUCAUUAGCAAAAUUUUAUGACUCACGAUUCCAGUUAGUACUUAGAAUUAGUAUGUUUCAAACAAAUUUGAAGGCCUACAUAUGCAACACUUUAGAAUUAUGAACUUUUGUACAUUUCAUUAUGCACUGAAAUGUGAAUGUGUGCCAGGCCAUUUUAGUCACUGCUGAUUGCUCAUGGUCACUCUAAAGUGAAUGAGACUUGAGGAUGAAAGUUUGUUGCAUAAUCGGUACUGAGUGAGUUGAGAUUUACAGCAGAUGGAGUGUAUUGCUUGAGCUUUAUUGAGAAAACUUGGAGACAGUGUGUGAAGACUGAACAAAGUUUAUGAAGUGUGUGUGCAAACAGAAAUGUAUCAAGUGGGAAAUUGGUGUAUAGGCAUUACACUUGAUAAAGAUCAUCUGAACAUAAUCAGAUAUACAAUGCUCUUGUUCAUUGUUUAUAAAGGACAGUUAAAUGCUUAGAUCAUUUAUUCUUUUGAAACUUACCAAAUAAACGUAGAAGAAAUUUGCUUAGUUUAAUUCCAUGUGUAUCUUGUCUUGAAGGAGUGGUUUGUUUAAUCUGUAAUCAUCCCUGGUUUGGUGUCUCCCUAAACAACUGUAGAGAUAUCUUGAUUCCAAGACAAACUCUUUCCUAUGUAAGAAAACAAAAAAAAUUUACUGUGCUUUGUGUAUAUACUGUAAUGUUAUCAAUAAAUUUCAUCCAUA